GUAUUGGUACGAGCACGACAGUGCGAGUAAGCAGUAACCCUCUUCCCUCGCAUGAUAGUGGACUGCGGACCAGAUGUUUGAUGUUUUGUGUCUAUGGAGCAAAUAACCAUCGUUGACAGUUACAACAACUUCAAUGCAUGCCCGGAACAAUCUAUUCCUAUAGCUGUUAUGGUCUUUACCUAGUGCCAAUGCAUUUCAAGCAACUCUUUCGUGAGGUGAACCUACUCAACAGUGUGACCCAGCAAACUCGCUGCUAUGCCCGCGACCCAUUUCCCAACAAAGUCUCCCAUUACCUCCACCGUGCCAAACUCAUCGAUUCCAUUCGACUUGGCCUCCGCUCCGGUCCUCCCAGCUCGCUCGCGCCUAUCCUAAACGGUCGCCUUCUCGACUCUUUCGUUGUGACUCAUGCGCUCCGGUCUGCGCCUUCGGCAGACUCUGCCCUGUCCCUGGUUGACACCCUCGAAACAAUUCCUCAUUUUUCGCAUACCCAGAACACGCUCCAUGCGCUGGCCACCGUCCUGGCCAAGUCCCGCCGGACCGCGGAACUCAAAUCCCUGAUCGAUGCCAUCAAUGCUGGCAGGUUUCGUAAUGUUCGUGUCAGCUUUAUGAACCUCAUGCAGUGGCACGCUGCCUGUGGAGACCUUGACUUGGUUCUCCGAGUUUGGGAUGAGUAUAGGCUGUCAAAUCAGCGUGUAUGCACCGAGUCUUACAACAUUGUCAUGCGCCUCUAUGCGCAAACGGGUAAGAACGACUCUGAGGCCGUGGGGAUUUUCUAUAGGAUGAUUGAUGGCGGUGCAAUCCCGAACUCCAGAACGUAUACGGUGAUGAUAGAGCACCUUGUGAGUUCGGGAAAGUUGGAUUGUGCUAUGGAGGUUUUCAAUAAAUUGCCCUUGAUGAGGAUUAAACGCACUUUGAAGCAAUAUUCGGUUUUGGUGGAAGGGUUUAUUGGCGUUGAGCGGUUUGGUGAGGUCAAGACUUUGCUCAACGAAAUGCGGGUUGAUGGAGUAUUGCCUGGAACAGCCAUGCGUUUGUCAUUGCAACGUAUUCAGGAGGCUGGAUUUGUCCAAGAGACGGAUGAAUUUCUUGAAGAAAUGUUGCCGGAUGAGAGAAUCAAGAAAAUAGGAUUUAUUGGCGAUACUAGUGAUGAUGAUGAUGAUGAUAAGGAUGAUGAUGUUGCUCAAGGUAGUGGAGGUGAUGAUGUUGAUGGGGUUCAGUUAAAACCAUGGUUAGACCCAAGAGCUUUGGCAAGUGCCUUGCAUCAUUGGAGCUCUAACGAGGCAUCGGCCCUGGAGGAGGCGAAAUUGGUGUGGACAACUCGGUUGGUUUGCAAGAUUCUUAGGAAUUUCAAGUCUGCAGAAACGGCUUGGGAGUUUUUCUGUUGGGUUUCUUAUCAGCCAGGAUUUACUCAUGAUGUUUACACAGUACAAAGGAUGAUGGCCCUUUUAGCACGCCAUGGGCAUAUUGAAUUGGUUGAUAAACUCAUUUCCAAAAUAAGAGGGGAGGGAAUGAGAUUGCCCUUCAGCACCAUCAGGUUAAUCAUUGAUCUCUAUGGCAUAUCAAAGAAAGCCGAUGCUGCCCUAAAGGUCUUUCGUGAAGAUAGAACUCUCUGCAGUUCCAUAUCAAAAUUGAAUUUGGUGCUUUUGUAUUCAUCUCUAUUACGGACAUUGACCAAGUGCAGGAGGAAUUCUGAUGCCAUGGAUGUGCUUGAAGAGAUGAUUUUGUGUGGGAUUUGCCCUGAUAUCCAGACAUUUUCUGGGUUAAUGCAUCACUUUGCGUCAAGUGGAGACAUCAAAACAGUGCAGAAACUCUUUGCAAUGGCUAGGCAAAGUGGUCUGGAGCCAGAUGGCUAUAUGUUUAAAGUACUGAUCCAAGCUUAUUGCAAAUGUGAGAGAGCUGCUCUUGCGUGGAGGGUUUUUGAAGACAUGAGGAAUUCAAAUUUGAUCCCUGAUGCUGGCACAAAAGAGUUGCUAGUGAAGAGUCUCUGGAAGGAAGGCAAGCGGAGAGAGGCUGCUGCUGUAGAAGAGAAUUGUGAGGAAAUAAAUGAUGUUCUUCCGCCAACAUUGCGUGGUCACAUAUGGACAGUGAGUUCUGCAGAUCUCACAUGCGUUUAUAAUAUUUAUUCCAAAAGCUUUGCAUCAACAGCUGGCUAGAAUUGUGAUUAGUUUUGAAAAAUAAACAAUGAUUAGCCUCAAAGCUGUAUGCUGAGCAACCUUGUUUUCCUUUCUUAUUAAUUAAUUCAAAAUACCAAAGAAAAGCUUGUUUA